UGUAAUUAGGCGCGAAGGAAGUUCGGCUGAGCGGGCUGUUUGGAAGGUUGUGGCGGCGUUCCCUGAUAUGAGCUAUAAUGGACCAGAAAAUUAUCUCUCUAGCUGCAGAAAAAACAACAGACAAACUACAGGAAUUUCUUCAAACUCUGAAAGAAGAUGAUUUCUGUGACCUUCUCCAAUCAAUGCGUGGAAAAGGAAAAGCUGCUGGAGCACAUCCUGAGAGGUACUUCAAAGGCUCCCCCUGCUCUGAGGAAGCUGGAUCCCUUAGAAGACGUAAAAUGUAUAUUUGUUGUAUCCAGUUGGUGGAAUCAGGAGAUUUGCAGAAAGAAGUAGCAUCUGAGAUUAUAGGAUUACUGAUGCUUGAGGCUCAUAAUUUUCCAGGACCAUUACUGAUUGAGUUAGCCAAUGAGUUUGUUGAUGCUAUCAGAGAGGGCAGCCUAGUAAACGGAAAAUCUUUGGAGUUAUUACCCAUCAUUCUCACUGCCCUUGCUACCAAAAAGGAAAAUCUGGCUUAUGGAAAAGAUGAACUGAGUGGGGAAGAAUGUAAGAAGCAGUUGGUUAACACCCUCUGUUCUGGCAGAUGGGACCAGCAAUAUAUAAUUCAACUCACCUCCAUAUUCAAGGAUGUCCCUCUGACUGCAGAGGAAGUGGAAUUUGUGAUGGAAAAAGUGUUGAGAAUGUUCUCCAAGAUGAAUCUUCAAGAAAUACCACCUUUAGUCUACCAGCUUUUGGUUCUCUCCUCAAAGGGAAGCAGAAAAAAGGUUUUGGAAGGAAUCAUAGCCUUCUUCAAUGAGCUAGAUAAGCAGCACUCUGAAGAACAGAGUGGUGAUGAGCUGUUGGAUCUUGUUACCGUGUCAUCCAGUGAACUUCGUCAUGUGGAAGGCACCAUUAUUCUACACAUUGUUUUUGCCAUCAAAUUGGACUGGGACCUAGGCAGAGAACUCCUGAAACUUUUAAAGGCAGGACAGCAAGGAGAUCCUAGUAAGAACUUAUGUCCCUUCAGCAUUGCCCUCCUGCUGUCUUUAACAAGAAUACAAAGAUUUGAGGAACAGGUGUUUGACUUCUUAAAGACUUUGGUUGUGAAAAGCUUUAAGGAUCUUCAGCUCCUACAAGGCUCAAAAUUUCUUCAGAAUCUAGUCCCUCAUAAAUCUUGUGUUUCAACCAUGAUCCUAGAGGUGGUAAAGAAUAGUUUUCAUAGUUGGGAUCAUGUUACUCAGGGCCUGGUAGAACUUGGUUUCAUUUUAAUGGAUUCAUAUGGCACAAAGAAGAUUCUGGAAGGAAAAGCUAUUAAAACCAGUUCAGGUCUUUCUAGAAUGCCAGCCCAGCAAGCAUGUAAGCUGGGAGCAAAUAUCCUGUUGGGAACUUUUAAGAUCCAUGAGAUGAUCAGACAAGAAAUUCUGGAGCAGGUCCUCAACAGAGUUAUUACCAAGGCAUCCACACCCAUCGAUCAUUUUUUAGACCUGCUUUCAAAUAUCAUCAUGUAUGCACCCUUAGUUCUUCAGAGCUGUUCUUCUAAAGUCACAGAAACCUUUGACUAUCUGUCCUUUCUGCCCCUUCAGACUGUCCAAGGGUUGCUUAAGGCAGUGCAGCCACUUCUCAAAGUCAGCAUGUCAAUGAGAGACUCCCUGAUACUUGUCCUUCGGAAAGCUAUGUUUGCCAGCCAGCUUGAUGCCCGGAAAUCUGCAGUUGCUGGGUUUUUGCUGCUCCUGAAGAACUUUAAAGUUUUAGGCAGCUUGUCAUCCUCUCAGUGCAGUCAGUCUCUUGGUGUCAGUCAGGUCUGUGUGGAUGUUCACAGUCGUUACAGUUCUGUCACCAAUGAAACAUUUUGCCUUGAGAUCAUGGAUAGUUUGAGGAGAUGCUUGGGACAGCAGGCUGAUGUUCGACUCAUGCUUUAUGAGGGGUUUUAUGAUGUCCUUCGAAGGAACUCUCAGCUGGCUAAUUCAAUCAUGCAGACUCUACUCUCACAGUUGAAACAGUUUUAUGAGCCAAAACCUGAUCUGCUGCCUCCCCUGAAACUAGAAGCUUGUAUUCUGACCCAAGAAGAUCAGAACUUUCUACAAGAACCACUGGUUCAUCUGCUAUGUUGUAUUCAUCACUGUUUGAGCUGGUAUAAGAGUAGAGUGGUGCCCCUACAGCAGGAAGAAGAGGAGGAAGAAGAGGGAUUUUACCAAGACCUAGAUGAUAUAUUGGAGUCUAUUACUAAUAGAAUGAUUAAGAGUGAGCUAGAAGACUUUGAAUUGGACAAAUCAGCAGAUUUUUCUCAGGCCACUGGUAUUGGCAUCAAAAAUAAUAUCUGUGCUCAUCUCGUAAUGGGAGUUUGUGAGGUUCUAAUAGAAUAUAAUUUCUCCAUAAGUAAUUUCAGUAAGAAUAAAUUUGAGGAGGUUCUAAGCUUGUUUAUGUGUUAUAAGAAACUCUCUGACAUCCUUAAAGAAAAAGCUAUUAGAGGCAAAGCUAAGAUGACCAACAAAACAACUGAGAGUUUUUUGUCCAUGAAAUUUGUGUCUGAACUUCUCACUGCUCUUUUCAGGGAUAGUACCCAAAGCCAUGAAGAGAGCCUGUCUGUUUUGAGAUCUAGCAAUGAAUUUAUGCGCUAUGCAGUAAGUAUGGCUCUACAGAAGGCACAGCAGCUAGAAGAAACAGGGAAUGUGAGUGGUCCCGACGGCCAGAACCCAGACAAGAUCUUUCAGAACCUCUGUGAUAUAACCCGGGUCUUGCUAUGGCGAUACACUUCAAUUCCUACAUCAGUGGAAGAGUCGGGAAAGAAAGAGAAAGGAAAAAGCAUCUCACUGUUGUGCUUAGAGGGUUUGCAGAAGAUAUUUAGUGCUGUGCAACACUUCUAUCAACCCAAGAUUCAGCAGUUUCUCAGGGCUCUGGAUGUCACAGAUAAGGAGGGAGAAGAGGCAGAAGUUGGUGUCACUCAAAGAGCAGCAUUCCAGAUCCGGCAAUUUCAGAGAUCCUUGUUGAAUUUACUUAGCAGCCAAGAGGAAGACUUCAAUAGCAAAGAAGCCCUCCUUCUAGUCACUGUUCUCUCCACCUUGUCCAAGCUACUGGAGCCCUCCUCCCCUCAGUUUGUGCAGAUGUUAUCCUGGACAACUAAGAUUUGCAAGGAAAACAGCCAGGAGGAUGCCUCAUUUUGCAAAGGCUUGAUGAACCUGCUCUUCAGCCUCCAUGUUUUGUGUAAGAGUCCUGUCACCCUGCUACGUGACUUGUCCCAGGAUAUCCAUGGGCAGCUUGGAGAUAUAGACCAGGACAUGGAGGUGGAGAAAACAAACCACUUCGCAAUGGUGACUCUGAGAACAGCUGCCCCCACUGUCUGUUUACUUGUUCUGAGUCAGGCUGAGAAGGUCCUAGAAGAAGUAGACUGGCUAAUCACUAAGCUUAAGGGACAAGUGAGCCAAGAAAUCAUACCAGAAGAGGCCUCUUCUCAGGCAACCCCACGAAAUUAUCCUACUGAGAAAGCCAUCAUCAUGCAACUGGGAACUCUGCUUACAUUUUUUCAUGAGCUGGUGCAAACAGCCUUGCCAUCAGGGAGCUGUGUGGACACCUUGUUAAAGGACCUGUGCAAAAUGUAUACCAUUCUUACAGCACUUGUCAAAUAUUAUCUCCAGGUGUGUCGGAGCUCUGGAGGAAUUCUAAAAAAUAUGGAAAAGCUGGUGAAGCUGUCUGGUUCGCAUCUGACGCCCCUAUGUUAUUCUUUCAUUUCUUAUGUACAGAACAAGAAGAGUAAGAGCCUGAAAUCUGCAGGGGAGAAGAAAAAGGAGAAAACUGCUGCUGAUGCCACAGUCAUGGCCAGAGUUCUUCGGGAAACCAAGCCAAUCCCUAACCUCAUCUUUGCCAUUGAACAGUAUGAAAAAUUUCUUAUCUACCUUUCUAAGAAGUCCAAGGUGAACCUCAUGCAGCACAUGAAGCUCAGCACCUCACGGGACUUCAAGAUCAAAGGAAACAUCCUGGACAUGGUUCUUCAAGAGGAUGAGGAGGAUGAAAAUGAAGAGGACACUGCAUCAGAGCACAGGGGACAGAACAAAGAACCAGCCAAGAAGAAAAGGAAAAAAAAUGAAAUGCCUGAGUUAAUGUGAACUUUGGGGGCUUCUGCUUUCUUUUGCUCAACAAGCAACAGUGCCCCCUUGUCCUAGAGCCUGCACCGAUAUUGGCAUCUUGGUUCUGAGCCCAUUGAACUCAGCUGCACCAUCAGUUAGAAAGAAUCGUUCUUGGCAGGCCCUGCUACUGAAAAAUGGCUAGCCUUAGGCAAGCCCUUUUGCAAAAAGCACAGCUGAAAGCCUGAGUUUGGGAGCCUGCACCACCCCGAUGAAGCUCCACAGGAGCAAAUACAGAGCCUCCAGGCAGAGCUAUGGUCCAGGCUGGCUUCAUUUUUCCAAGGAGCCUUUGGUGAGUUCAAUUAUCUGGUAAAUAUCCAGUGCUUCACCUGAAAGAUAGUGCAGGUUGGUUAGUAUGCAUCUCCUUAAGACGUGUUAACUCAGAAGUGAGAAAGGGAGUUUAUGAAGAGCUUAUGAAUGUACAGGCCAAGAAGAAUAGGUGGGUUGAGAAUAACUGCCAGGAAUAAUAAUGAUACAUUUAGGAGAGUCCCUUUCCUUUUUGUAUAAGUUCUUAGAUACAAUUUAAAUAGAAAAUAAGCCUUCUUAUUUACUUGUUGGCAUUUAAAGUGCACUUUCUUUUUAUCAAAAAAUGCACUUUGAUUUGAUGCAAUAAAUUGUUUUUAAAUGA